AUGGUUGAAGAAGCAUGCAAAUCAUGCAUUGUGUGCCAAGCUGCAUCACCAGGAUGUACUCCAGAUCCGAUAAAACCAACACCUCUGCCACGAGAUGUGUUUUCUGAAGUCAGUUGUGACUUCUGCGGACCAUUCCCGGACGGGUACCUGUUAUUAGUGAGUCGUACUUUCAGAGAAUAUGCUGAUAAGUCGGGAUUUAAACAUAAACGAAUUACUCCAUUGCACCCACAAGGAAAUGCAAUAGUCGAGCGAUUCAUGGCACCAUUGCAAAAAUCAGUCAAAACCGCAAUAGCAUCAGGUCAAGAUUAUAAGAGAGCGUUGAAUAGAUAUCUAAUGAAUUUUCGCAAUUCGCCACAAUCUUCAACACAAAAAGCUCCUAGUGAAUUAAUGUACAAUCGGAAAGUAAAAACGAAAUUACCAUCAAUGACAUUUGAAAAGCAAGACACAGAUGUUCGCGACAGGGACAGUCUGUCAAAAUCGAAAAACAAAAUUUAUGCGGACAAAAACAGAAGAGCACAGCCAAGUGCAUUGAAAAUUGGAGACCGUGUGUUACUAAAACGGGAACAACGUAACAAAUUUGAGACAAUGUUUGACCCUACACCUGGCAUUGUCAUUGCUAGGAAAGAUUCAAUGCUAACAAUCAAGCACAGAGGAAAGGAAAUUACACGAGACGUGUCAAAGUUCAGGGUAGUUCAAGGUGGUCAUGAGCCGGCGCAGACGAAACCUGCAGAUACUGUAUUUGCACCACGUCAAAGGUCGCAAAGGAAACGACGACCGCCUAGACGUUUUGUCAAUGAAUGA